AUGAAUGAAUGUUCAGACUCACCAAUGGAGUUUGUUGAUAGGGUCAUCUUUGAUGACUCUGUUCAGAAUGAGCCUACGAGAAGAGGUGCAGACUCACUGAAGGAGAAGAAUGGUGGAUAUGAUUAUGACCAGGAAAUUACUGCAACAGCCACUACAACUGACGACGAUGGAUUGCCAUCACCAUCUCAUCCGAUGGAACAGAAAAUCCUGAGAAAGAUGGAUCUUUUUCUAAUUCCACUAAUGGCAAUACUUUAUUUUUUGUCAAAUUUGGAUAAAUCGAAUAUUGGUAAUGCAGCGGUCGCUGGUCUCACUGAGGAUCUUAACCUAGUUGGCAAACAAUAUAAUACCUGCGUUACCGUUUUUUUUGCCACUUAUGUUUUGUUUGAUCCAAUAGGUACCAAUCUUUUGAAAAUUAUGGGCCCUCCUACUUUGAUGAGCGGUUGUUUGUUUGUCUUUGGUGUUAUUUCCCUAUGCACUGCUUGGGUAAAAAAUUAUGGUCAUCUUAUUGCUGUAAGGUUACUGCUAGGAGCUUUCGAGGGUAUGAUUUACCCUUCUAUUAACAUGUAUCUGUCGGUUUGUUACAGAAGAGAGCAGUAUGCCAAGAGGUUUGCUUAUGUUUUCUCAGCCGCAUGUCUCUCGUCAUCAUUUGGUGGUUUGAUCGGCUACGCCUGUUCGAAGAUCAGUGGCUCUUUGAGAGCUUGGCAGUACAUUUACAUUGUUGAAGGUGCCAUUUCCAUUGGAUUCGUACCAUUUUAUUUUUUUGGUUUGAGUAAGAACUUAGAGGAUUCAUGGUACUUUACAGCCGAAGAGAAAGAAUAUAUCAUUCAGAGAUACAAGACUAUGAAUACCUCAGAUCCUAAUGAAAAAUUUGAAUGGUUCCAAGCUUGGUUAGCUAUCAAAGAUAUCAAAACAUGGGCUAGUGCUAUUGCCCUUUUCGGUAUCGAUUUAACCACUUUUGGGCUGACUGUUUUCUUGCCUAUCAUCAUUGAGAGUAUGGGUUUCACUAGUGUCAAAGUUAAUCUGAUGACCGUCCCAGUUUAUUUUUUAACUGCCAUUGUUUUCUUUGUAUGUGCCAAAUGGUCAGACCAUUUGAGACUUAGAAGUCCUUUCAUCAUCGGUGCCUGUUUAACGACUUGUAUUGGCCUAUCGAUUGUUCUUGGUUCGCAGGUGCAUGGUGUGAGAUAUUUUGGUGUUUACAUCCUUUGUAUGGGAAUCUAUGUGAAUGCAGCCGUGAAUUGUUUGUGGUUGAGUGGUAAUAUCGGGAACUACUUUAAGAGAGCAACUGCCGUGGGUAUAAACUUAUUCCUUGGUUCAGGUUCCGGUUUAGUCUCUGGUCAAAUUUUCUUAGCUUCCGACAAACCAAGAUAUAUUAGAGGAUUAUCAAUUUGCUUGGCUUUCCAAGUUCUAUCAAUAGUCUUCACGGUCAUUCAAUUCUUACUUUACAGGAGAGAAAACAAGAAGAAAGAGGCAAUAAUUGAUCGUUGUCAUGAAUUAAACGAACCAAUACCUUUUGACCCAAGAUUAGGUGAUGAGAACCCACAAUUUAGAUACAUGUAUUAG